AUGGAGUUUGGAAAAGUUAAUUUGAAUCUAAGAACUGUCCUGCUGACAAUGAUGAUGUUCAAAUGGGGAACGCUCUGCAGAGCCACAUCAGAGAAGUGUUUGUCUGCACCCUGUCAAAAUGGAGCCACUUGUGUGGACACCAAGGAUGACUAUGCCUGUAUCUGUGCCAGAGAUGGUGUGCAAUACAUGGGAAAAAAAUGUGAUGAACUUUACGAUGCCUGCUCCUUUGCUCCAUGUGAAGACUGCACCAGCAUACCUGGUACAACAGAAUACCAUUGCAUUUGCCCGGAUGGACUUAAGGGUGACAACUGCACAGAGGAAAUAGAUGAGUGUCAGAGCAACCCCUGCUUUGAGCCUCGUUCUCUGUGUGUAGACCAAAUAAAUGGGUACUUCUGCAGGUGCCCUGCAGGUUAUGGAGGUCAAGACUGCAGGACACAUGUGACUGACUGCACUGAUGAACCCUGCAAGAACAAUGGCAGUUGUGCCUUACAACCAGAUAGUUUUGAAUGCCUCUGUGCACCGGGUUUCUCAGGAAGGACCUGUGAAGUGGACGUAGAUGAAUGCUUAUCAGAACCUUGUCAGAAUGGUGCUAUUUGUGUAGAUGGCGUGGCAGAGUUCUAUUGUUUCUGUGUGCCUGGUUUUCAGGGUUUCAACUGUGAAAUCGACAUCAAUGAAUGUGCUUCACAGCCCUGUGAGAACAAUGCAACCUGCAUCAAUGAGAAGGACCACUAUGAGUGUGAGUGCCUGAUAGGCUUUGCAGGAGUCAACUGUCAAACUGAUUUAGAUGAGUGUGGGUCCAAUCCCUGCCAGAACGGAGCGACGUGCCAUGAUUUGAUUGGCAUGUACUUUUGUGAGUGUCCACCUGGAUUCAAUGGCACCGACUGUGAGGUGGAUGUCGAUGAGUGUGCCAGUGAGCCCUGUCAGAAUGAAGCAUUCUGUCGAGACAUGGUAAACAGCUAUGAAUGUGACUGCAGUAACACGGGAUUUGAAGGGGACAACUGUGAGGUGGAUAUUUCUGAGUGUGACUCUGAUCCAUGCCAGCAUGGUGCCACAUGUUUAGAAGGAGUCAAAGGAUAUGCAUGUUUGUGUUGGCCAGGUUAUGAAGGACCCAACUGUGAAAGCGAUAUAAAUGAGUGUGCUGAAAAGCCUUGUGAGAACGAUGGGGAAUGUUUUGAGCGCUCAGAUCUGUCUCCCUGGGAGUUGGACUGGGAACUUAGCUUUGCAGAUGCAGCUGGAUAUAUCUGCCAGUGUCAACCAGGUUUUGCAGGAGAGAAUUGCUCUGUAAACAUUGAUGAGUGUGAAUCUGAACCCUGUCAUAAUGAAGGCACUUGUAAGGACAAGAUCAAUGGUUACAUCUGUACAUGCCCCGUUGGCUUCUUAGGUAAACUGUGUGAAGUGGACAUUAAUGAAUGUGAGAGUGAGCCCUGUCAAAAUGGUGGCUGGUGUGAAGAUGGUAAAGCAUCCUACUAUUGUCGCUGUCCUGGACCUCAGCCAGGAGCACUUCCAUGGGGAGGUGAUCACUGUGACGUCAAACUGUAUGGAUGUGUUGGCCAUAGGUGCCAAAAUGGAGCCGCCUGCCUUCCAAUACUAGAAGAUGGAAAGCAUAAGCACGAAUGCUUGUGUCCUCCUGGCUUCUAUGAUGCUCAGUGCUCCACAAGAACAACAUUUUCCUUGCCAACUCCUGGAUUUAUUCACAUUCAAGUUGCUCUAAAAGAACGAUCCCGCAGAGAGGUCGAACACCACGAUCACCAAGGUUUCGGGGUACAGCUUCGCUUCCGGACAACAAUGCCCGAAAUGUUGCUCUUCUACAGAGGUGAUGUGGAUAACUACCUCCUUCUGGAGAUUUUUAAUGGUGGUCUUCAUGCAAAAGCUUUUUCUGAAGAGUCUGAAAUGGAUGUAACAUUUUCCAAGCCAGUUAGUGAUGGAGACUGGAGAGAUGUCCAUGUGCUUUUAGAUAGCAACAGUCUAGUCUUGAUUCUGAAAGGUCUGGACUGUGAAGGACAUGGGUGCACAGUUACAGAUGGGAGUGCAGAAGAGCCUCCAUUCCAACCCUCUGAAGCCUUUACUAAUGUUUAUAUAGGUGGAGCGCCAAAUGAGCUUUUGCAGCUUUCAAGAAGUGGAGCAGGAUUCAUCGGAUGUAUUGAAGACCUAAUAAUUGACUCAAAAUACAUCCUACCCCAAACUCUUCCAGGGGAUCAAAGUUAUGAGUUAGGGUGUAGUAAGACCGAGUGGUGUAAGCCUGACCCCUGCAGUGGACAUGGACACUGUGUAGACCUCUGGACCAGCUACCAAUGUGACUGCUACCGUCCCUUCUAUGGGGAAAGCUGUUCUGAUGAAUUUCUAUCAUGGACUUACAGCCACGAGGACACAAUUAGUUUUAGUGUCUACAAUGUAGGCAAGAGCCAUGGAAGCAACUUCAAUGUCUCUUUUUUCCUGAGAUCAUUAAAGCCUGAUGGACUGCUGUUCCAGUUGAGGAGACCCACCAUAAGAGAUGAGGGGGAAGUCUACUUUUCAAUCUACCUAAAAAUGGGUAGAGUGUUUGUCAGCUCUCUGCCCAACAGCACUCCACUGAUAGCUCCAGUUUUUGUGACCACUGGCGAGAAGCAAUUUCUUUAUGUCGAAGUCAGACAUGGACAUGUGAUCGUUGAUCACGCAGGCCUCAACUAUGGCAUAGGAGAAAUCCCUGAAGUGACUGUCAACAGUGGUGAUCAGGCCCAUGUGGGAGGACUUCCAAGAAACUGGGACUCAGAAAAGUGGGGGGGACACUUCAAAGGCUGCCUCCAGGAUCUUCGUUUGGACUCGGUGCAUUUGGAUCUGGAUGGCUGGAGUAACUCAAACAAAAAAGUCUAUUUAUCAACUAAUGCUAAAAAUGUGAAGGAAGGCUGUAUCAGUGACGACACAUGCAAGUCCAAUCCUUGUCAAAAUGGAGGAAAGUGCAUCAUUACUUUCAAUGAUUUUGCUUGUUCUUGUCUGGAGCAAUAUACGGGAAAGACCUGCGAAACACGAAUGUGGUGUGUGAGUAGUCCUUGUGUUUAUGGCGGCCAGUGCGUGGAUCUUCUCGAUGGCUAUGAAUGUUUGCACAAUGCUACAUUUGAAAACAACCCUGUGCAGUACAGCACCGGAGGCUCUUUGGCAGAACCCAUCUCUUACAUUUACAUUGAGCUGCGGACUCGAUCGGAGAAUGCUGUGCUCCUAAGGGCCACCUCAAGCUCUGAAUUGCUGAUUGUGGGUCUGGUGGAUUUCUCAGUCUGGGUGGAGAUUCACAGCGUCAACAACGCUGAGACGUUGACCUUCAAAGGGAUGUUUCAAGUGGCUGAUGGACGCUGGCACCACGUUAACAUUUCUAUGGCUGAUAAAAAACAAAAAUCUUCCCCUUGGGUCAUCACUGUUGAUGGACUUGUAGAUGCCACCAGCAAGCCCAGACGCACAGGACCUGUUGGUUUUCUCAAUAAGAAGGGGGUCAUACUUACUGUAGCAGAGAGUUUUACCGGCUGCCUGGGUGCAGUGAGGCUUGAAGGGAUCUAUUUGCCUUUUGCAGAUGCUAGUAGAGCUCCACAGACCUCUCAGUUUUAUUUAACUGGAAAAACCAAGAUUCGUCUAGGCUGCUCCAGUUCCCCAGUUUGUGCUUCAGAUCCUUGUUUAAAUGGAGCCACAUGUGAGGACCUCUUCAAUAAAUUUGGCUGUCUCUGUCAAGCUGGUUGGGAGGGAGAGCAAUGCGAGUCGAACACUGAUGAGUGUGCAUCUCAGCCUUGUGUGUAUGGUAGCUGUACGGACCAUUUAGCCAGUUUUGAGUGUCGUUGCGACCCUGGUUAUGCUGGCUUGCACUGCGACGAGGAUAUCGAUGAGUGUGAGCAUCAUGCUUGUGAACAUGGAGGAACCUGUCGGGAUGGACCUAACAUGUACACCUGCGUAUGCCCAAAGGACUACAGGGGCCCUCGUUGCCAGUGGGAAUAUCCUCCAAAACAGUGUGGCAAAGAUGUCCAGUGUGCAAAUGAUGGAAUCUGCCAUGAUGGGCUGUGGGGAGCCAACUGUACGUGCAUGGCAGGUUUCACAGGCAGCAGGUGUGAAACGGAGGUUGAUGAAUGUGAGUCCAACCCUUGUCAGAACGGUGGAUCCUGUUUGGAUCGAUACAACAUGUUUUUCUGUGAAUGCCCACCUGGCUACAGUGGUCCAACCUGCGAUAGUAACAAGCAUGCUUAUAAAGCGGGGAGCCCCUGGCUGAUGUUAACUAUCCCACCGCUCUGCCUCUUCAUGGUGACCCUCAUCGUCUGUCUGACCUUCAUGGUACUCACAGCGAGGAAGAAGCGGCAGUCAGAGGGGGCGUAUAACCCCAGCGCUCAGGAACUGGCUGGGGCCCGGCUGGAGAUGGACAACAUGCUGAAGGUCCCACCAGAGGAAAGACUCAUCUGACUCCAGUUAAUAAACUGAAGAUCCAUGUGAUCAGUCAUUUAAACGUCCUUUGGUCUAGC